UUAUCAAACCCUUACAAUACACUUUGCGUUUCUUUUUCAGUCAUCUUUCCAAAAAAAUAUUCUCUUUUAUAUAUAUAUAUAUAGAUUAUACCUUCCCCUUCAUUUACUUUUUGUUCGAUUUCUUCAUGUGCAAUGCAUUUCACCAUUCUUCUGAUUUCCAAGCUUAAACAUCACAUCUAUGUUCAUGUAUGAUUCUAUUAUCUCGAUUGAAUGAAUUCGUGACUGAUUUUCUGAUUAAUCCACUUAGGGAUCAGAUAUAGAUAGAGAGAUAAGGGAGAAAUGGGGAGGCUUUUUUUGAUUAAUCUUGAGGGCAAGAUGUAUUGUUGCAGGCACUGUCAUACCCAUCUUGCUCUAUCUGACGACAUCGUUUCAAAGUCAUUCCAAUGCAGGCAUGGAAAAGCUUAUCUUUUCAGCAAUGUAGUGAAUAUGACUGUUGGAAAGAAAGAAGACCGAAUGAUGAUGACCGGUUUGCAUACAGUGGCUGAUAUCUUCUGCGUUGGUUGUGGAUCAAGCAUUGGAUGGACAUAUGAGAUGGCUCAUGAAAAGAGUCAAAAGUACAAAGAAGGAAAAUCUGUUCUUGAGAGGGUUAAAAUUUCUGGGCCAGAAGGAAGUAGCUACUGGACGAAUCACCAAGUGCAAGUUGCUGGUAUAAGUGAUCUAGAUGAUAUUGUUUGACAAAUUAAAGCACAGUGUAUGUGGUUCUCUGUACAUUCUUCAUUCCCCAUGAUGAUGAUGAUGAUUAUGAUUAAUGUUCUUAUUCUGCUGCCAUGAUACAAUAAUGUAAUUUACAUACCUACUUCUGGGCAUUGUUCAUUUUCUAAUUUCUAUGAACCCAACUUUUUUUAAAUAUCAUGGAUUCAUGGAUUCGAUUUCGAUCUUGCAACUA